AUGGAUGGGGAGGCGGGUUUCACGUUUCCCCCCGUGACACCGUCUCCGCCGAUGUCCCCGCGCGCCGGCGCCGGCGCGGCGGGGGACCCGCGCGCGCCGGCUUCCCCCGGCGCGCUCUCGCCGCGCUCCAGGCUCUCGCGAAUCAACAAGCCAUCGUCGUCGAACGCGAACGCUUCUCCUCCCGCGUCCCCGGAGCUGUCCAUCUUUGAGCUCGCCGAGCUGGAGCGCAAGCUCGUCGCGGGGGGAUCGCCCGUCGACCGCGACGCCGCCGCGGGAACGAACGCGUCGUCGUCGUCCACUCGGCUGCUGGACAGGGAGCGGGACUCGGUGCUCAAGUCGCUGUCGCAGAUCCUCGGCGAGGUUGCCAACCAGGUCCGGGACACCGACUCGCGCGUCGCCGCCCUGGAGGCGGCGAACGAGGCUUGGAAGGCUCGCGCCGAACGCGCGGAGGGGCGCGCCGGUGACCUGGAACGCAAGCUCGACGCGACGCGCGAGGAACUCCUCGCGAUGCACGACAAGACCGCGUCCAAGGUUGCGAAGAUCGCAGCCAAGGACGCUGCGAAAUCGCCGAGGGACGCAGAUGAUUCCCCGCGGGUGAACGCGAUGCAACGCGAGGCGGAGUCGCUGGAUCGAUACGCCCGCGAGACGCGCGCCGUCGUCGAGCGCCUAGAGGCUGGCGCCGAGUCCCUGGGGCGCGAGGUCAGACGGUUGGCGACCGGCGAGGCCCGAACCCGAGAACAACUCGCGGAGAGACGAAACCGGAGCGACGAAGAAAUCGAACGCCGACUCGCAAGCUUCGAGUCACGACUCGAAGCGACCGUUACGACCGUUACGACAGUUCCCGCGCAGGUCGACGCGUUGCGAGCCGAAGUCACCGGCGCCAUCGCCGCCGCGAAGGACGCCGCGGUCGAGCGCGCGGUCGCCGUCGCGGAGCGCGCUCUGGUUGAGACGGCGAAGGGUUUGAAACGAGAAAGAGCCGACGAGCAGAGCUCGUUGGUUUCCUCGCUCAACGCGGCGGUGACGCAGCUCGACCGGUCGUGGCGACUCGAGCUCGAGCACUGUCGCGCGCGUAGCGACGCGAUCAAGCGCGAGUGCGACGCCGCGAUCGCCCAGGCGCUGGAGCGCAAACGCAGAGACGAUUCGGAAGCCGCCGAGCUCGUGAGCGUGAAGAUUCGUAAGUGCGAAGAUCUGUGCCGUUCUUUCAUCGACGCCGUUGCGGAGGGACGGCGAGAGUUGGCGAGCGUGCUGGACGAAGCGCGCGUGGGCGAACGCGUCGCGUCGGAGGCUUCCGCGGCGCGGGAGGCGGCGGAGCGAUCGACGCGAGCCGCGGAGGAUGCUUCGGCGAGAGUCAUUGAGGCUUCCACGCUCGCGGACAGAGUCGCGGCGUCGCAGGCCGAGCUCGAGCGGGACGCGCGGGAACGGAUCCAGGACAUCGAGAGGGCCGUCGCGGACACCGUAGACGCCGUCGCCGAGCAACUCGGUGGGUUUAAGACGACGAUCGAAGGCCGCGUGGAUGUCAUGGACGCCAAGGCUGAGGAGUGCAGGGAACGCGCGGAGUUCGCCUCGAGAUGCGCGGAUCACGCUUCAGCCGUCUCCGCCGACGCCGAAGUGACCGCAGAAACGGCGCGAGAAACGGCCGAGGCGAUGGGAACCGGCCUACUCGAAGCACGCGCGGUAAUGCAGGCGUACGCGGACGCGGUGCAGCGCGCGGAGGCGGCGGCGGCGCGAUGCGUCGGCGUCGUUCGCACCGCGGUUCGCGAUCAGAUUGAUUUUCACGCGGCGAUGAAAACCGCCGUGGACGACGCGUCCACCGUCGGAUACGCCGCGCGCAACGCCGCGCAGGAGGCGUGCGAGUCCACCGCGGACGCCGGAAAACUCGCGCGCGUCGCGGUGGCGGAGGCGAUGGCGGAGAUACGAACCGACGCCAAGGAACUCGCGUCGUUGGUCAGGAAGGAGAAGCGAGCAGCCGCCAAGGCGACGAAGCUGGCGAAGAAGGACAGGGAACUCGCGAGGGAGACGCUGCGAAGAGCCGAGGAACGCGCGCGAUCCAUCGAGGGCAAGUCCAUCGCCUCCGCGGAGGAGCGCGCCAAAAAGGCGGAGGCGCGCGCCAAGGCUGAGAUCGCGGACGCCGUCGCCGAAAGAGCGCGUCUGGUGGCAUCCGCGGAGGAAAAGGUUAAGAGAACCGAAGCGGAGGCGAGGUCGAGGGACGUCGCGGCUAAGAAGCGCCUGAAGGACGCGGAGGCCAAGCUGGAGGCGCUCGCGGCGGAACGUAACGACCUGACGCGGCAGAUCGCGGCGUCGUCCGGCGCGAUGGCGAAGGCGAUGGUGGCGAUGGCCGAGCGAGCGGGCGCGGGCGGCGGCGGGAGGGGGGGCGUCGUUUCGCGGGGGACCCCGGGGUCGUCGGGGAAGGGCGUUACGAAAGGCGUUUCGCCCGCUCGUCCCCGUCUCCCGGCGGACGACGCCUCGCCGUUCUCCACCCGGGGGUUCGACAGGUCUCUCGGCGUGGCCCUCCCGGGUAUGGUUGAGGCGGCGGCGCGGCUGAGGGCGGCGAACGUCGACCAAAGCCAAAGCCAAAACCAAAGCCAAAGUCAAAGCCAAAGCCAAAUCGACUCUCCGUUCGGGGACGUUUCCGCUUCGGCUUCGGCGGCGUACCGACUCUCCGUCGCGGGUUCGAUCUCGCCCGCAUCCUCGUCCGUCUUUGACCGUCUCUCGCGAACGUCGCCGGUAGCGUCGGACGGCGCCGCUCGCCUCCGCUCGUUGAGCGCGUCGCUGCGAGAGAAAUCUGCCGAGGUUGAACGGAUGAGGUCGGCGGUGUCGACCGCCGCGGCGGGUCUCGCGACGUCGCCGGCGCCGGUGCGUCGCGGCGGGGUGGGGCCGAGGGGGGACUCGCCGGGGGCGGGGUGGGAAGUCUCGCCGGUGGGAGCCGCCACGUCACCGCCACGUCACCGCCCGACGCUAUCCAUCGCGCCGCCGGCGGAAACCAUCGACGACGACGCAAAGGCGGGGGAGGAGACGGAUGAGGGACGAACCGUUACGAACCGUUACGAACCGUCCACCCCCGCGGCUGAAUCGGCGAGGAAGGCGCGCGCCUCCCUCGACGCCGCGAGGUCCAUCGUCGCGCGGCUCAACUCGCCACCCGGGGAGUCUCGCGACGUCGUCCAGCCCGGUGAGUCACCGCUCGGUGAGUCACCGCCCGGUCACCCACGCGGACUCGCUCGGUCCGCGAUGAAGCCCCCGCCGUCGCCAGCGACGCGCGGGGCGGAGGCGGCCGGGUCGGAGGUGGCGAGGAACUUCCUCCGGGGCGCGCGGGGGUCGGGGAACGCGAGGGGGGACCCGUCGUCGCCCGUCGCGCGGGGCCUCGCCAUGUUCGACAGCCCGGCGUAA